AAACAUUCUUAUGUUGGCAUUCAAUAGUCUUCCGAUAAAAUAACAAUAUUCUGACUUUUGAGUUCACAUUUCUGUCAGAAAAGUGAUCAAGUUAGAUCAAGUAUAUAAAAUUUUGUAUAUAUAAUGUCCUUAUCAAUGGAAAACGCGGAAAUCACGAAAACUUUGGAAGAGCGCAUCGAAAAGAACCGGCGUAAAGCUAUGGUAUUAAAAAAAAGCAAAUUGGUGUCUCAUCCCUACGCAAAAGGGCAAGCAGUUUCCAUAGAUAAAACAACAAUAAAAGUUGGAACAACAAAAUACAAAGAUACAGGUGGUGGUUUUCUAUUAGAAGAACCAGAUAUUGAUGCUGAAGAUCUUGAAGAAGUCUAUGAUGAAAUCAAGCUGAAAGAACAACAGGCACCGAUUAUAGAAGAAGACAGACCAAACUGUGAGACCUGCAACAAACCAUUUGCAAAUUCAUGGCUUCUGGACACAUUUGAUUGUAAAGUCUGUGAUGAAUGCAGGGAUCCUGAAAUGCACAAAUUAAUCUCCAAAACAGAGGCAAUGAAGGAGUACCUUCUGAAAGAUUGUGAUCUUGAUAAAAGGGAACCUCCAUUGAAGUUCAUCACGCGCAAGAAUCCUCACAAUGUGCGUUGGGGAGAAAUGAAGUUGUAUCUGCAGAUUCAGGUGGAACGUAGAGCGUUGGAUGUUUGGGGUAGCGAAGAGAAGAUUGAGGAAGAGUUGGAGAAAAGGGAAGAGAAGAAAGUUUUAGCGAAAACUAAGAAGUAUCAUAAACAGAUGAAGGAGUUGCGAAUGAACAUGAGAAGUAGUUUAUUCGAUCGUACAUCCGCUGCUUCGCACGUUCACGAAUUCGGUGAAGAAACGUACAAUGAAGAAGAUGAUACCUAUACACACACAUGUAUUUCUUGCAAAUUUGAGGAAACGUUUGAAAAAAUGUAAUUUUUGCAAUUAUUAUUAUUAUUAUUUAUUUUCUA